GAGACUCUGGUGCCCCCUGCCCCUUCUUCCAGCUUCACGCUGGCCAACUAAAACACUAAGAAGAUUCAGUUGGAUUCUGGGACAAGAGAGUGGCGGUGCGGUCCUGGGAAGGAAGUAUCACCCGGGUGCUGUCCGUAUCCCAAACUGCAGGCCCUGUACUUCUUGAGGUUUUGUCUUUAAUCCUAUUGGAGGUGGUGAAAGACUAGCAUAGCGAUAACGAUGCAAUUUAUGUUACUGUUUAGUCGUCAGGGAAAGCUGCGGCUUCAGAAGUGGUAUGUACCACUAUCUGACAAGGAGAAAAAGAAAAUUACUAGAGAGCUUGUUCAGACUGUACUGGCCAGAAAACCCAAAAUGUGCAGCUUUCUGGAGUGGAGGGACCUGAAAAUUGUUUACAAAAGGUAUGCCAGUCUGUAUUUCUGUUGUGCCAUCGAAGACCAGGACAAUGAGCUCAUAACUCUUGAAAUAAUCCACCGAUACGUGGAGUUGCUAGACAAGUACUUUGGCAGUGUUUGCGAACUUGACAUCAUUUUCAACUUUGAGAAGGCUUAUUUUAUUUUGGAUGAGUUUCUUCUGGGAGGAGAGGCCCAGGAAACCUCCAAGAAAAAUGUACUUAAAGCAAUUGAGCAAGCAGACCUUUUGCAGGAGAGCCAGACUGAAGACUGGGGAGGUUUGUCCACAGAUGAUAUCUUGUGAUUGAAAGAAAUCUUAGCCUUUAGCCAUAUU